AUGGCUAACAACGCCGUUUCGUCGACCUUGCCGUCGAGAGAUUACCAUUGCAAGGUUUGCGACUUAUACCUGGACACCGUGGAUUCUCUAGAGGUACAUCUUCAAUAUCAUAAAGAGAAUUUAUACGUUAAGUGGGGGACACAGAACUCUCAAAAUGAUAGUGAAAAUAAUAACGGUGCAAAAGUGAAGAACGAGACGACAGUGUCAGCCCCGGCUGACUCAAGCGACAGUAUGAUUACCAAACCAAGCCCAGAUUUCCAACAGCGGGCCACGCCGGAAACUACGGUUCAAUUUCCACAUCCCGCUACACCACAAAGUUAUCACAGCGCCCCUUCACCAUAUCAAAAUCCAGAUCAGACGAAUUUCUCUCCAGGAGCACAAUUUGGUAACAACUUUACUCAUUCUAAUUUUUCGCAAAAUCAACACACAGAACAAAUAAAUUGGGAUCAGUCACAAUAUAAUCAAGAUUACCAUAAACCAAAUCGUUUUCACCCUUAUAAUAUGCAAGAUCGUGUAUCACAAGUAUCUUCAUCGAGCCCACUCUAUGGUCAACCAUUAAACCAACCGACUCCAUCUCCUUCGCCAAAUCAAUGUGAUAAAUGUGGAUUCGUUUGUGAUUCAGCAGUUCAACUAAAUGAACAUUGCAAUUCUGCACAUGCAGGGACAAGUUCUGCACCUGUCACUGCUCCCAUGCCUUUUCAACAAUUUCCUGGAAAACCAUACAGUAAUUCUGGAUAUCAAAAUGAUAAUAUUAAAGUAAAAGAAGAACACGAAGAAUCAUCAGAUAUAUUAGAUUUAGAUUCCCAGAAAGUAGUUUAUCAAGGUAAUGAAGGGGAACAGCAAAACACACCUUAUGAAGAAACUCCUUCUCAAGUUCGUGAGGUAAAUACUAGAACAGUACCAAUGAUGCCAUGGGAAACUCAAAAACUGUAUAAUAAUCCGCAGCUCAACGGAGAUGUCUCGUUAUUUAAAGACCAAAAAAUGUUUGCAGAGCAACAAAAAGUUUAUUCAACAGAAGGUAAAAUGUUUCAUCCUGAUCAAAAAUUUGGCUAUGCACAAGAAAAAUUUUUACUACAUCAUGAACAAAAACCGUUUAUGCAUGUAGAACAAAAAAUAUAUCCCGGUGUUCAAAUACCAUCUUUGUCAGACUAUCCUGGGAAUGUUGCUUCAACUAACACCGACAUGAAACCACCUUACCGCCCUUACGAUUCACCUUCGGCGCCACAAAUAACUAGUACACAGCCAGCGAACCCAACUUCAUCAUCAUUGCCAUCAAUUGGUGGUAAAGGAGCUAAUUGGAAAUCAAAUGAAGCAAGAAGACCAAAAACAUACAAUUGUACUGCCUGCAACAAAUGGUUUACAAGUUCUGGACAUUUAAAGAGGCAUUACAAUACAACACUUCAUAAAAAUGCAGUUAGAUCGUCGGGUCAGCCGGAUCCAGCCACGAUGCCAAUAUCGAGUCAUCACCAUCCUAGUCGCGAUUCAUUGCAAAAUCGUGCGCAACAGCAGAGUGUGGAUUCAAACACUCAAAGCCCAGUUCCAUCAGAAGACAGUCGUAGCGUCGACGACGGCGCCUUACAAUCGCCGUAUGCAUCGCAGAACUUCGAUCGGUCGCACCGUGUCGCCACUAUGCAGUCGAAGUCGCCAUAUACACAUCUUCAACAGGGUAACUUAGAUAAUAAUUUCAGUAAUAAUCCUUUAACUAAUCACGCAUUACAGCAUCAAGUUGGUUCACAUCCAAUUAAUAUAGGUAGUCAACCGCCUGGCAUAGGUAAUCCGAAUGAUAGUCCGCAAGGCUCUAAAAAUAAUUCAAUAACUACUAGCGUGAAUCCCCCAAACGGGGAAGCAGGUCCCUCUGUUUCUCAAAGUCACCAUAUGAGGGGCCUGCUAUCAGUGUCAACCAGCAAUAUUUCAACACCUGUUCUAACUCAGAGUACGCCGGCUCUUACGGCACACACCCUGCCACCGUUCAGCCAUUUGGGUGUCAAUCCGUACAGUCCGAGGUCUACGGAUCCUUUGGGGCCUUCGGUUCCGGACCCCACGCACACCCCAUUAUAUUUGGGUCAGAAUUUUCAACAGACUAUAGCUCCGAACUACCCAAACGGGAUGGCCCCCCACGUUAUGGAUAUGGCUAUCAACAAUCUGCCUAUAGCCAAUCCGGCUACUUUUGGUGAAUCGUCAUCUGAAGAAGUCGAGGUUAUGGAACAAGAAACGUCGAAUCAACCUGCCAGCGGACGCUUGCCAAGUUUCUCGCAACUCCAAACGCAGAGUUUCAGCGUUUAUGUUUCUAACUAUAUUACAUCGCCUAACGUGGGGGGUCAAGUUGUCGCCGACGAGUCCACCGCCGGUUACAUUAUUGUUGAUCCAGUCCAUUCCCCUAUGCACUAUAAUGGUAUUGAUAUUAACGGACAAUCAUUAGAUUAUGAUUAUAGCUUUUCACCUAAGACGAUUAAAGAAAACAUUGUUAGUUAUAAUACGGAUAAUGUAAAAGUUUAUCCGUAUGGUUAUGCGGUAGGAGGUAAAACGAUUAAACGAGAAGAUGACAUAUUGCGGACUGACUCGAGCGAGCUUCAGAUUUUAAAGAUAGAAGAUAUUAUGGAUUAUGCAAAUAAAGAAAACUAUGGGGCUCAAAUGAAAUCUCCAGCAAGUCCAGAGAGUGCGAAGGCCGAGAAUGAAAGCCAUGGAUCACCUUCCAUUUCUUCUACGGUUCCUAGUACUCCACUUACAGAACGAAAUCAAUUAAAAAAAGCCGCACCAACUACAAUUCACAAAUGUUUCGAAUGUGACAAAUUAUUUAAUAAAGCUUGUUACCUUACUCAGCACAAUAAAACGUUCCACUCUGGAGCUAAGCCCUUCAAAUGUGACCGGUGCGGUAAACGUUUUUCCGAUGAUGUUUCUUACGAGGGUCAUUACCUCAAACACGCAGACAAUAAGCCCUUCAAAUGUAAUGAAUGUCCAAAGUCCUUCAACCACAAGACAGAUUUACGUAGGCACAUGUGCCUACAUUCGGGAUGUAAGCCAUUCGCAUGUGACCAUUGCGGUAAAGGGUUUAUUAGAAAAGAUCAUAUGGUCAAACAUUUUGACACGCAUAUGAAAAAGAAUUUCCGAUCAUCGUCUUCAUCAGUAUCCUCGACAUCACCGUCCUCUUCUACG